AUGGGAGAUUCAAGAACCCAUACAAUGUCAUCAUCGGUUACUUCUCGUGCACCUCCUGAAAUUCUUGGUAGUGCAAUCUUUUCGAAAAUCCGAUGCUAUUUAAAACCCGAACAAAUUAGUCGGAGAAUAUUUGCAAGGCCUAAAAUCCUAGUCGAGAUUUAUUACAAUCAAACUCGACAAUGUACAACAAAAUCCGAAAUGUAUGUGCUUAAUCAUGAUAAGACUAAAAAAAGAGCUAAUUGGAAUGAGCAAAUAUUUUUUAAAGUUUCCAAUAUGGCGACAGAAUUCCAUAUUAUCGUUUAUAAUACUGCUGUUAGUGGCCCUGAAGGGAUAUUGGGCGAAGUUAUUGAAAAAUUUGAUAACUUUGAACUAUUUAAACAUGAAGAAAAUCGAAUUACUUUGCCAUUGAAAAAAUUUCCAAGAGAUGAACAAAUUGGUGAAGUUUUUUUUAUUCUUCAUAUGUUAUCAAAUAAAUCUCCAAGAUAUAUGAUGGAGCGGAUCAGUGACCCGGCUAAUCGCGCAAAAAAGAUUGGAAUACUUCUAAUCAAUCUUAUCACGUACAAAAAUCUUGCUGGAAGACGAGGGGCAUUGGAAAUUAAAUUAAAUGAUGAAAGUCAGUCUACAGAAGGAUACUGGAACACAACAGGGAAAUGGGUAUAUCCUAUUGCAUUGAGUAUUAUUGCUAAGCCGACUCUCGACUUGGUAAUUCAAUGUCGUUAUACCGAACAUGAACGUGCCUCGACGAGAAUUUGCCUUGGCCCAGAUGGAAGUCAUGAGCAUAUAUGGAAACGUUUAAUGGACGGUCCUUAUGAAAUGAAGCAUAUUUCUUUACAUGAUAAUGAUCAUGAUGCUGCGAAAAUUGGACUGAAAUUACAACCUGAACGUAGACCAUCUACUAAUUCGUCGAGAUAUCGAAUUAAUAGAAAUAAUAAUCCUAAUUUCUCAACGUCUCCUGAUAGUAAUAUUUCUAGACCAAUUAAACCCCAAUUAACACCAGAAACCUCUGGUACACCACCAAAUCCUAAUAAUCACCAUCGAAAGUACAGCACUUAUGAUGACGAUCUUGAAUCGCAAUAUUCACACGUCCCUGUCAAUUAUUCACCACCAAGAUCUGUAGUUGACAUGGACUAUGAUACAAGUUUACAUAAUAAAGGUUCCUUUAGUUCUUCCACUGGAUCACCAACUUAUCCUCCAACUCCUCCACAAAGUUCACAAAGCAUUAAUCCUAAUAGUCACACGAGUCCUACUAAUUCGAUUUUCAGCAGUCCACCACGAAAACAACAUACAAUGUCAUCACCUCCGCCUGAUCCCGCACAAAAUCCACACCCUAAAAAUGAUGGACUUAGGUUCGUCUGUCAACGUUAUGUGAUAGUCAACCAAUUGCGUUUGGGUAGAAGAAGAGAAGAAAACAAUUUACUUUACAAGGGGAAUCAUAUCCUGAGCGGGCUAAAUGUUAUAAUAAAAGAAUUUAAUUCGAAGAUAUCAUGGGAGAUAGAGACGCAAUAUUUGAAAGAAUUGGCUUCCAAACACUUGGUAAGGUGGGUGGAUAAGAGCUCAAAUGAAAGUACAAGAGAAUAUCUUAGUAUCACAGAGUAUUAUGGUAGGGCUUUGCAAUUAGAGGCACGAAAAUUUAAUAAUGAAAGUUCCAGACGACAAAUUUUUAAAUCUAUUUGUGUAGCGAUAGAAUGGAUUCAUAGCAAAGACGUUGUACACUUGGAUUUAAAUCCCUCGAAUAUUAUUUGUAAAGAGGGUAAAGAAAAUUACAAAAUCAGAAUAUGUGAUUUUGAGACGUCACGACAGAUUGGGGAAAUACUUCAAGUCCAACCUAUCCUUUCUGAAACUCAAUCAAUUCGUUCAUACGAUACACGAUAUUCCAGCUCGCAAAAUCAAAUAUUUCAGCAACAACUCACAAUAUCAUAUACAUGUCCUGAAUUGUUGUUGUUGGAUUAUGAAGAUAGCUUUGCUAGCAAUCAAAAUAACGAAGUCGAAGUUGAUUUUAACCAAGAUAUCUAUAGUUUGGGACUCAUCCUCUAUUUCCUAUAUAGCAAUAGAACCUUAUAUGGUUCAAUAGAAGAAUUUCAUGAAAAACUUUCAGGAUUUGAAGAUAGAAUUAGAAAAGAAAUUGAAGAUAAUAGAGUGACGGACCUUAUAUUAUCUUGUAUUAGUAUAAAUCCAAAGGAACGACCUUGCAUUGAAGACGUUUUACAGAACGCCUAUUUCAACAAAUCAAGUCGAGGUAAUAGCGGUAAAAGUUUCAGUUUGGAUGAUGGUUGUGGUGAGGAAGAGGAUUUAAGUUGA